CUCAGCUGUACGGAGCAGAGAGGAGCGGUGUUCAGGUGUUACAGGCGACCGGCAGAGCGUUUAUUAUGUGAAACCAUCUGUACAAAUAAAAAAAAAAACGGGGUAAGCAGCCCAAGAGGAGCCGCGAUCAAACCACGUGAUCAAAUGCGGAAAUUGUCGGGUAGAGAAAGUGUAGCAGAGAGGGGAGUGGAGGUUUUGGUGUCCGUUUGUGUUUUGAGCUGCUGGUGCUGUUACUAGCUGCACUGUCUCCACCAACAAGCACCUCCACACACACAGACGACCACGGUUUCUGCAGGUAGAUGUACGACUUUCACCUAUCGUGAAUGAAGUAAGGGUUGCUCUCAGGUCAGACUGCUGAGAUGACAAGGCUGUGACAGUGUAUGUCCAAGUGUGUCUCUACUGGACCGAUUCCUGUGACAUGGCCGCUGCUAAGAAGGGUUGUGGAAAGGCAGGAGGUGUGCGCUUCUCAGAGGAACCCCCCGCUGCCGGAGCCCCAUCGCACGUUCACUUCGAUGAAAAGCUGCAUGACUCCGUCGUCAUGGUGACCCCGGAGGAUGACAGCAACUUCAUGGUCAAGGUUGGCUUCCUAAAGACGCAGCACCGAUACGAAAUAGUGUUCAACCUGCCCGAGGUCCCAGCUCUGGGGAAGGAUGUGUGUCCGGCACCUGUGCCCAGUCCACACCUCCGGAUCACUGAUAUCACACCGGCACCGGAGGGAGGUCUGAAGGUGACGUGCGAGUACAUGGCCCAGCAGGAGGGAGUUCUGUGCGAGGAGGUGCUGCUGCUGAGUGAGACCAACGAAGACGCCUGUGUCAAAGUCAAAGUUCACGCCAGAGUCAUGGAUCGUCACCACGGUACGCCCAUGCUGCUGGAGGGAGUUCGCUGCAUCGGAGUGGAGCUGGAGUACGACUCUGAACAGAGUGACUGGCAAGGAUUUGACUAAAUCUCAAGUUCCUGCUCCUCUUUACAACCUGAAGUACACACACACACAUAUAUACACACACACACACACCUGUCAUAAUAGAGCUGUACACCUACUAGAAUACACACACCUGUCAUCUUCACAGAUAGGAAAAGAAACACACAUGAUUUUGGUGCCGUGUGCAGCAUUUCUGUCACCAGUGUGGUUCACCCCAGGUUGAGUUCAGUUUUGGACCUCAGAGGAAGUGGAUAUCUGUGUCCUGAGAACAUUUACAUACAAAAACAUUCCUUUCACCUCAACAUCGGCAGCAUCUGAACGGACAUUUUGUCACAUUCUGCUCCUUUUCCUGACGCUCCUCCUAAUUUCCUUUGUUCAUCCUGACUUCAACUGUAUCCUCUGCUGCCAUUCUGCGUUUUCCUUUCUGAACCUCUAGAGGGCAGCAGUGCUCUUUAAAUCAGUGCAGCCUCAGAUCUCCCUCACUGCCUCCUGCCGCUCCAGUUCAUUGUUUUCUUUUAACUUGCAAAAAGUGCAAACUUUAUCCCACGUAAAUUUAUAGUUGUGAGGGUGUAAAUAAGGGCUUGUUUAUUAAUUUCAAAAGCUUGAAACUGAAGGAACAAAUCUGCACAAAUCAGGGAAAUACAGCUGAACUGAGAAGUGGUGCUGAGCCUGUAAUGUGUCAGUUUCACCACAAGGGGGCACUGCAGACCACUGCAUUUAAAGCUCCUCAGUGUGAAAGCUCUGCUGCAGUGUUCACCCAUGUUUCUCCAUUUAAAGGAAAAAUCCAACUUUGACGUUUUUAAACAGUUAUAAAACUAAAGUCUGUCAGGUUCAGCACAUUUCAGGGGUUGUAAUGGACACUUCUUUACCUCAACCUACCCUGACUUCUUCUGUUUAGGUUUUAUGUAUUUUUUUUCCAGACUGCCUUUUAGUCAAACCCAAAGAAUGGGCUGUGGAGUUGAUUCAGGAAGUGUAUAUGAUGAUAUCAUGGAGAGUGAAGAGGAGUUUUCCUGUCAUGAAAAAUGGAAAGUAAUGAUGGAUUUUCCCUGUGUACCAUGUGAAAAGUAGUGCAUCUAUAGUGAGAGGCACUGUCUCUUUUAUUGUGAGAAAGUGACGCCAAAAUCUGAGGCCAACUGUUGAUGUUUCAAAUCACUGAUUAAAAAAUUUCUGCCAUAAAAUGUUUUCAUAGUUUCGCUCUAAACAUCUCCACAGAAUUUGAACACUUUGGACAAAACCAGCAGCUGUUUUUAAGGGUAUUAAAUAGACCAGAAGUUAUCAGUUAUCAGCAGAAAAUUAAUCCACAGCUAUUUUGAUAAUUGAUUAAGUAUUUAUGAAAUUCUCCAGUUCCUGCUUUAGAAAUGAGAGUGCUCUCUUCAUUUCUUUGCUUCACAUCGUUGCAAGUUUAAUCUCUUUGGGUUUUGGACUGAACAAAACAUUUGAAUGCAUCAUCUUGGUCUCUGGGGAAAUUUUGAUCAGUAUUUUUCCAGUAUUUUCUGACUUUUCAUAGACCAAACUAUUAAUCCAUUAAUCCAUCCAUCCGUUGCCUAUACUGCUUAUCCAUAAGGGUUAUUAAUCAAUUAAUCAAGAUAAUAAUCAUUAGUUUAUUCGAUGUAAAUAAUGAUUGGUUGCAGCUUUAGCUGUAAUGUGUUUUGGGUGGAUGUUUCCUUUAAGAAAGCCCUGCUGCAGCCAGUCCAGUGAGGUUUAGGAGGUCUUUUGUUUAAAUUCAUGACGCCUUCAGAAAGACACACGCGACUCAAGUGCCUUUCAUUACACCGCCCUGUUUUCACUUUACUUGAGCCUGAUGUUGUUUUACCAUCAACUGCACAUCCUUAACUAACUACCAGACAAACACGUGCACCAGCAACAGGGAGGUGGAGUGAGUACUGGGACUGUACGUGAUCAGACGAGGGAAAAUAAAAAAUAAAUUUAAAAAAAGGUGUGUGGGUUCAGGAGAGUGUUACCGUUACAAUCCAGCCUGUUUGUUGUCUUUCUAGUGUUUAAUCCCACCACAUCCACCAGCUUGCCUCAGUCAGACUCUGAGUCCCAUCGCUUUUAUCACAGCACAAGUGCAGAUCAGAGAGUGAGAGUCGACAGGCAUGAUCACCAUAACGGCCUGUCAGCUCGGCUUAAUUUACAUUUGUGCUUAAAGAGCAAGUGCCAUGAUCUGGCUGCACUGCCAUCUUCCUACCAAUACCCCUCUUCCUCUUUUUCCUUCUCAAUAAUCACGUUUCGUCAUUUGUUUUUCUUUCUGUUAUAUCCUUAUUGAAUGCAUUCAGCCUUAAAGGAAAUGACUCUGUGUGUAAUUUUUCUCUGUUAGACCGCAAGCUGUCGGUGUAGUACAGAUUUAAUAGAUUUACUUGACGUUUGCUUGUGCAUAAUAGGUCAAAUCUGGUCUGUUCCCUGUUAGUGUGAAACUAAAGUGCUCAGUAGGUUACUGUUUCAGGAAUGUAGCAGUUUAUUGUUGAUAUCUGCUCCCUGUGUGUGUGAUUUGUAUUUUUAAUGUCAAAAAAAUGGAAUAAAAACAUGUGUAUGUUUGA